AUGUCAGAGUUGCGGCAGCCCCAAGGAGGAGUUCAGACCAGCGAAAGGAGCAAUGCCGAAGCAGGCCUGAGGCGUUGGAUUGUUGGGACCCUGCGAAGGCUGGCAGGAGGGUCGUCAGGGCCGCUCCACGCCAGCUGGCGCUUGUUCCGCCGAUCUGUGGCUGGACCUUCGCCUGUGCGACUGGAUCCUUUCGGUACGAUCGAUCUUCUGCAUCAGGCACUAAAGGAUCUUGCCCUCACCAGGGAGCAGCAGGAGGUCUUCGAGAGGGUGGUGUCUUGCAACGCGCGUUUCUGGCAAAUCGCUGUUGAUGGUUGCUUGGAUGGAUCCCCGCCGUGGCGAAGGCACGUUGCCCUGAACCUCGCACUCCUUCGGGUCUACCACCGACACUUGGCGGCGCAGCGAAUCGUGGAUGAGCUGACUUCGCCAUUGCUGGGCUCGCUGAGCUAUCCAGAGGCCGUGGAGGCUUUGCGAUACUGCCGCUGGGCUCUUGCUGCCUACAGUGGACGUGGCCUACGUGACGGGACGGAAAAGAUCCAGUCCGAGGGUACCAGCAAGAUGGCAGCGCCCGUGAACGCGAACAUGCCGUGCAGCCCCAGUUCGGUUCUCCUUUCCGACCUGGAUGAUACGGCACAAGCCAGCGAUCCUUUGUGCCCCCGAUUUCUGCUUGCAGAAGAUGUCGAACGUGGCGAGCUGAUCAUCUCCGUGCGGGGCACGCAGUCACUGUCGGAUCUUUUUGCCGAUCUCGUGGGCGAUGCCGAAGAUUUCGCAGGCGGCAAGGCUCAUGCUGGAAUUCUACACACGGCUCGCAGACUUCUGGAACGACUGCACCCUCACCUCAAGGAAGGCCUCAGCAGACUGGACACCGGCACAGGGACGCGGCUGGUCCUGUGUGGCCACUCCCUGGGCGCAGGGGUUUGCCAGCUCUUGGCUGUUCUCCUCCUCGGCGGCGAGAAAUCAUCCUGGACUCUGCCGCGCGGCACCGAACUGCGGUGCUUUCUGUUUGCGCCUCCACCGGUUUUCGGCAUCGAGCCUGUGCAGCGAACCAACAGCUUCUCUCGCAUCCUGAGCUUCCGGUUUCGCCCGGCGGUGCCUUCUGCCGUGGAGAGGGUCAGGGAGGCCACGCUGGCCUUUGCGGUGAACUACGACAUCAUCCCGAGGACCUCGCUGCACAACGGCUACAAGCUCUUCCAGGAAGCCCGUGUCAUCGACGACUUCGUGGUCUGGGGCAAGAGGGAAGUUCUUCGAAAGCUGGGGCAGACAGAGUCUGAGUCACAGGUGGCCGUUGCUUUGGAGCUCCAGGAUGCUCUGUGUAAGGGAGCUUCCUCUAGGCCGGCGCCGGGCAAUCCCUUCCCAACACAGCAUGCGGUGACCUCGCGGCUCUUCCACGUGGUGAUGGUGCCAGGUGGAACCGCUGCUUUCUCUUCCCCAACACUUUCGCUGGCUGAGGAGCCGAGUCCUGCCGUGCAAAGUGAUCAAAGUGAGCGAGACACCCGUUUGGUGAACAGCUCUCAAGAGGCAGAUCAAGAUGCGGCACCAGGCCCAAGGGCGUGCGGCCGAUGGGUGUUGAAGCGCUCGGACCAUCUGCGACAGUGGCGUCGGCGCUUUGCGUGGAUUGAGGCUGGCGACUUGUGCUUCGCGCUCUCUCCGAAGGAUCCCCUGCGAUCAAGCGUGCCACUGACUGCAGACAGCACGCUGAUCAUGCUGCUGGGACAACCCAGCAGCCUCCCAUUUCCUGCGGGCAUGAACGCAACCAUGUCCUUCCGGCCUGAUGAGCCCGCUUCAGGAACUACAGCUGAAUCCACGGCCACGAUCAAAGCGACUCGCGACUUCGCGACACCGUGGGCGUUUCAUGUGCAGACCGCGAGCUGCUGGUCAGGCAUCGAGCCCCAGCAUGGCCGUGGUCACGGAGAAAGCGCAGCCGGCCUGCCGAGCAUCCAGAGCUGCGCGGCCGCAGAGGUCUUCCUGUGUACAGAAAGUGCAGCCGAGCGAGACGCUUGGCUCACGGACCUGGCGGCCGCGGUCCGCGAAGCGCGGAGACGCUGCAUCCGUGUGCUGCCGGCAGUGUCUUCCGAAGACUUUGGCCGGGAGGCGUUGCUGGCAGAUGGGCUGAUGAAUGACCACGAUGCUGGGCGCUAUGAGGUCGCGCUUGAGGCCCUUAUCGACCAGCUGCGCUGCGUGCGUGACGCGGAGAGCCCGACAGAGCAGGAAAAUGUGGACAACGGAACUCUGUUCCUCAACGUGACCACCGUGGAUGUAGCACGGGUCUUCCGCGAGAAUAUUCGCGAAGACGACAGUGUUGUCAUGCGGAUGGAUUGUGAGGGUUCCGAGUACGAGCUCCUGAGGCACCUGAUGCUUUCCGGCUGGCUGUGCAAGCUUCGCCGGCUCUACUUGGAGGCUCAUGCGAUGACGCGGCCGAAGCUGAACAAGUUUCGGACCUUCGAUGUUCUUCUCCCAUGGUUGCUGGAGCCGUGUGGAACCGAGGUCUUUGUGGACACUGGCUACCACAAUACAGCUGAAAGCCUCGCGCUUUGGCCAAAGCAAGACGGCGUUUGCCGUUGGUGCCCAAUGCUGUAUGUUCCGUUCCAAGGGGCCAGUCAUCGCCGGUGUCCGGCGGGCUCGAUUUGGCAGUGUUUCGAUGAGACCUACACCUGCGAGCGCUGUUGCAACGCCCAGCGCUUCGGUGCUAUGGGGGACGAGAAGUGCUGGCGCCGAGGGAGGCCCGUCGCAGAAGGAAGGCCGUUGAAGAGCGGUGGCAUCGGAUAUUCCCUGCCUGAUGACGUCCUCCAACGUAUCUUGGAGUCCAAAUUCCAAACCAAAGGUGGCGGCGAAGCCAUUCUUAGACUGGUUGGUCCGGAGGCGCGGCCGGAGCCAAGUCCGGCCAUCUUCUCUUAUGAGAUGUGCUGUGCAAGCAUGGUCGGAGAGCUGGUGCCUGGCCUUGCGCCCUUUUUCCACAGCCAGUCCUCGGGCGAAUACUACAGAUCCGACGCGGUGGACAAGAAGCCGCACGCAGCUUUGCCACCUUGGAAGGCCAAGGCUGCCAAAGAAGCGGCGACCAAGGAUGCGAAUCAAACUGUGGCGAAACCAGAGACGGCGAGCAGUCUCUGCGCCAACUUUGCGGGGCUUUACCAGGACAGCGGCGGUGGGGUCGUGCAGGUGUCUCAGCUGGGCUGCACCAUCCACGCAGAGAAUGCCGCACAGCGGUGGUCUGCAGAUGCCAGGGCGGAUGGUGUUCAGGUGUUUCUUUGGGAGCAUACUGGAGCGCUCAAAGACGGGUUCAUAUCUUGGUCGAACCAAGCUGUUUGGGUCCUCUUGCAUGCUGAAGAUCCGGCUGCAAGGCGUUUCCAGGGUGCGAUCUCAGAGAAGUCCCAGCCAGAGAAGUCUUGUACGUUGGGUCAGCUCGGAAUCUCGGCAGAGCUCAGCCAUGUUGUCCGCAACUUGGGUGCCUACGCAGGGGACCCCCUUUGCGAACAGCAGGUCUUCGAGUUCUUCGGCCUGAGCGACAAAGGCUGCUGCGGCAACCCAGGGAACAUUUCUGGGGGAGAGGGGGUCCUUGUGGUGGACACCGUCGCGGCGGAAGCCGAAGAGGAGGUCAAGACACUGCCGUCUUCCAAAGCACUGGAAGAUGGCACUGGGAAGACCCCAACGACCACCUGUGGGCUCAGUUUUGGAGAUCCCUCCCCAUCCAGCUGGGGGGCGUCGCCAACCUCUCCGGGCACAGAGGACUUUUGCUUGUCCAAGACCGGAUCCGCGCUCACUGAAGGUGGUUCGGUGUCUGGCGACUUCGAGGCCCUGCAGCUUCCCGAGCUACCCGACAAGGCUCCGCUAGAGGAGGAUCAGAUUGUCGUUUCUGGCCUGAAGGCACGCAUGCAAAAGGCCAGAGAAAACCUCGCGGCCCUGCGAGAGCGAGUGCAGGUGGAGAUCCUCCAAGGCCGCGCUCCACAGAGCCCUGAGGAAGCGCGCGAACUUGGGUUUUACUCCACCUCCACGCUGAUGCGUUACCUGUGCAUGCAAGACGGUGACGUCAACAAGGCGCUGAAGGCGAUGAAGGACACCAUGGAGUGGCGGAAGAGGAUGUUCCACUCGGCACUCUUUCCUCAGGGCUCCUCCAUGCCUUGCUGUCGGGCUUGCAUGAGAGAUCCACUGUCCCACUGCUUCCUCUGCGUGGGUAAAGAUGUUCUCGGUCGACAUGUAAUCUAUUCCUGCACAGGGCGUGCCGGCAACAAGACGCCCGAGGAUGGCAUCGAGCACAUGGCCAGUGAGAUGGAGAGGCUCUUCAGAAACUCAACGAUGCCCGGCUCGGUCGCCUGGAUCGUGGAUUUUGCAGGCUUCGGAUUUGCGGACUGCAAUCCGAAGAUUGGCGCCCUUGCCUUCCCAAUGUUUGCCAGCCACUACCCGGAGAGAUUCGGGCAGAUCGUGUGCCUCAGCCUCCCGUAUGCCUUCUAUCCGAUCUACGCCGCGGGCAACAAGAUCUUCGACAAGGAGACCAUGGCCAAGGUGAAGAUCCUGAAGGGGGACAAGGAUUGGAAGAGGUAUGGUGAUGCUUACUGGAGCCAUGACCCGGGGAUGAGGAGGUGGCUGGAUGCGGCCGUGAAAUGCAAAGGAGUGCCCGGUGGCUUCCCCUCUGCAGAGUUCACCCAAGACUUGCAGCCAGGGCCUGAGCAUGUGUGCGCUACUUCGAGGUUCAUGGUACUUCUUAACCAAUUCUAA